ACGCGCCGACGUGCUGUGGAUUCACAUCGAGGAAGUAUUCAUCUUUGGGUAUGACGAUAAGGCGUGGGCAAAACGAGUCGAGUUUUAUUAAGUCGCUUACCACGUCUCGUCAACAGCCCCUCGACGGUGUUUUGCGAAGGAGACAUGAAGAGAUUGUAGAGUGUAUGAUGUCGAGGGCAGAAGGGCAACAGCUGUCCGGCUAACCCUGCUAACAGACAGACAGUCUUCAUGAUAUCAGACAGUACUGACACACACUGACUACAUCAUGACCGAUGACGUGAUGUUAAACGUACCGGUCAUCCGGCAGCAGUACCACUGGGAUUGUGGCCUGGCCUGUUCGAGAAUGGUACUAGAGUAUUUACAUCCAGUAGGUGAGGAGGAAUUCCAGAGAGCAUGUUCGGACUUAGAGUUCACAGAGAGCGUGUGGACUAUUGACCUGGCUUAUCUUAUGUGUAAACUGGGGGUCCGGCAUUGCUUUUGCACGCAGACGCUCGGUGUGGAUAAGGGCUUCAGAAAUCAGUCUUUCUACAAGAAGCAUUUUGACACUGAGGAGGACAGGGUAAAUGAACUCUUUCUGAAGGCAGAAGGCAAAGGAGUCGAAGUAAAGAAAUGUUCUGUUACUAUUCAGGAGAUCCAGAACCACCUGGAGCAGGGACACGUGGCCAUAGUGCUGGUGAAUGCGGUGGUGUUAGUGUGUGAGCUGUGCUCCACUCCUGUCAAAUACUGCUGCUUCCUCCCUGUGGGUCAGAAGUGCUUCUGCAGGAAGCCAGAAUACCAGGGUCACUUCAUAGUGGUGUGUGGGUUCAACCGCAAAACUGGCAGCAUAUUCUACAACAAUCCCGCCUACUCGGACCGUGUGUGCUGCACAAGCUUUAAAAAUUUUGAGGAGGCCAGAAGAAGCUACGGAACGGACGAGGACAUUUUAUUCGUCUACAAAGACGGCUGAAUCUCUCUUGGAGUGUCUGUACUUGCACUCAGAACUCACUUCUCCAUCCACUGUGGUUGGCUGGGUAGCAUUUUUGCCAACAGGUACUAAAGGUGCUAGCCAAUAGCUGAUAGUAUUUGCCACCUCUGGCUAUGGUCCUCAUCAGAUCUAUAGCAUCGCACAAAACGUUACUAUGGUGCUAAAUCGGCCACUGAAUGACACUUCUGAAACAUUAAGAGAAAGGAAAGGAAGAUUAAAUUAUUUUUAGUUUGUGCUUAGUAUAUAUAGGCCUAACUCAUGUUAUAACUGUGAUGUGAAUAUUUUUAUUUUUAGCUCAUUUGAUUUAUAUAGUCUCUGCCACUGUCGCACAGUAAGAGGUAGAAGAGAAGUGUAUAUAAUGUCUUUCGUUCAUGUAAAGAUAUUCUGACAUUUUGUGUUUUGUUCAGGGUAACAUUGCGAAAUCACAGGGCUGAAUGGGUUUAGUUUUAAAUUUUCCUCUUGUAAGCCACUUAAGGUUGAACAUCUAGUGAAUGAUUUUAACUAUUGUGAGAGAUACUCAGGUAACAUGUUAAAUCCAGCAUUCUAAAAUUAAAAAGGAACAAUACGUCUGGAUUCAAUUCUCCAGGUUUUAUUCCUCAAAAUCAGUAUCACCAGGACGUCUACCAUAACCUCAUGUAGAUUAGUAAAAAGAGUUCUGGGUGUCCCAGGCUGAACUGUUAACUUUGAUAAAGUACACAAGACGCCUCCAUCGCGCAAACUCACUCACAGCACCAAUGUAUUAGCAACAUGAGUUGUAAAUGAAAAAUGAAUAUGUUUUGAUAUUCAAAUUAAUAUAUUGUGUUGUUGUAAUUCAUAGGAACCGCAUUGUAAAUGAACGCCUCCACGAGAGAGAGAGGAACACUACGUUUAGCUUAGUCUUAUUGGUUUACUGUCAGGUGUUUUGUAGAGUAGAAUUUUGCUCCAUUUGAAAUGCAUCGAAUCCAGUGCUGUGAAUGCUUUUGAUGUCCUGUAAACACACUUUGAGUGCUCAGUGAUUCAAAUGGUUCAUGCUUUGGUGGUUUCAAUGGGCUGCCGAAUGAAAUGCUUGCACUAUGGGGUUCCACCAGCCAUAAUUAUGUUAUUUAAUCUUUGAUCAUUCAGGUUCAAAUAUUGCUUUGGUUUCACAUUUGAUCUUUUACGAUCAGGUGUCCAGUUACAUCAGCUUAUGCAUUUUUUUUAAAGAACAUAAGCAAUGGUAAUAUGGCAAACUUUAUUUUUCUGAAUUAUAUAGGUCCAUUU